CCGGAUUACCCUCCAAGCGCGCCGCCGACCCGCGUAGUCCUGCGACCGCGUCAACCGUUCUCGCCGACGGACGACGACGACGAGAUAUAUUUCGCGCGAUUUCGACUUCCGUUCGCCGUUCGAAUAAAAAAUUCCUCCCCCGAUUGUGAAUUCUGUUUUUGUUACUAUUAUUAUUAUUUGUUAAUAUUUUUGAUUUAAUAUUUUCUUCGAGUUCGGUCGGGGCAGUGUCGUCGGUUUAAGCGCCGUCGUGAAUAUAAUACACCGUGUGCGAUUUCGCGCGGUGUCCGAGUGCUAUUCGGUUUUUUUUUUUUUUUUGGCGUUACGCGAUUGCCGAAGUCGGUUGUGUCUGUGCGUGUUUUUUAUUUCGAUAUCAUAGCCGCGUCGAGUUUGGUUGUUUUUUCCAAAAGAGUUUUCCGUAAACGGUUUUAUAAUAUUAUAGCCAACGGUUCUUCCAUAGGACCAAACUGCCGAAGCCGCCACCGCCGCCGCCGGUAGCAACACGUCUGGCAGAAACCCGGUCGAAGUUAAUAGAUAUACAGUCAAUUGAGAAAUACAGAUUAAUAGUACGGGUUUCAUAAAGUUUGGAGGGGAAUACUUUAUCGAUACACUUACGAUGUACAUCAGAAUUUGGCAUUGUACCUAGUCUGAUUAAUUUGUGACGCUGAAAUCAGUGGUAACACCUUACCGAAUAAAUUAUAACAAAAACCUCACGGCUGGUGUAUAACUUCAACGCUUAUAACCACGGUACAGUAUAAUCAUAUACCGCUGUGUAACUUAACGGUGGCGUCCGGUAUGCCAGCGGACGGCCACGGUGACGUCCUGUACCGUACGUGAUAUCUGCGACUGUUCGUCGGUAUGGUUAAACAACCGGUGACCGAGUACAAUACUCCGGUUACUUCACAGGCGCCUUCUAUACCGCAACAGCGGUCAUGGAACAUGGUGACAACAUGUUCAACCACACCCCCACGUCCGUCGUCCCGUCACUCGAUCCCCGGGACUCACUCUACCGGUUAAGUGUCAUGGACAACGGCACCGACCCUACGGUCCAACAGGUGACCGGCGACAUGAUGGACUGGUCCGAUUACGUGUCGGUGGCCCUGAAAACGUCGAUCAUGGCCAUCAUCAUACUGACGUCGAUCGGCGGCAACCUGCUGGUGAUCGUGUCCGUCGCCCGGCACCCCCGGCUGCGGGUGAUCACCAACUACUUCGUCGUGUCGCUGGCGUUCGCCGACAUGUUGGUGGCCAUCGUGGCGAUGACGUUCAACGCCAGCAAGCUGAUCAGCGGCAAGUGGAUCUUCGGGUACUUCAUGUGCGACGUGUGGAACUCGAGCGACGUGUACUUCUCCACCGCGUCCAUUCUGCACCUGUGCUGCAUCAGCGUGGACAGGUACUACGCCAUCGUCAAGCCGCUCAAGUACCCGGUGCUGGUCACCAAGCGUCUGGUGGCGUUCCUGCUGCUCGUCACGUGGGUGGCGCCGGGCAUCAUCGCGUUCGUGCCCAUCUUCUACGGCUGGUACACCACCGACGAGUAUCUGGCCUACCGGAUGGCGCACCCGGACGACUGCGAUUGGGUUGUGAACAAAGUCUACGUGAUCGUGUCGUCUUCGAUAUCAUUUUGGAUACCCUGCACGAUCAUGCUGUUCACGUACCACGCGAUAUUCAAAGAGGCAAACCGGCAGGAGAAGCAGAUACACGCGAGGAUCAGUUGCGGCCAGCAGAUAAACUACAACCGGGAGCUUGCGGAGAACCAGCUGCGAUCGAACGGUGCUGCCAACGGGUCGUCGUCCAGGACCACACUGGCACCCAACGAUCACCACUCGACCCCUUCCCGGGACAACAGGAACAUCAUCAAGAUGAAGCGGGAGCACAAGGCGGCCAGGACGCUGGGCAUCAUCAUGGGCACGUUUAUCGUCUGCUGGCUGCCCUUCUUCUUGUGGUACGUCAUCACGACGCUGUGCGGCGAGGCGUGCAACAUUUCGUCGUCGGUGGUGGCCGUGCUCUUCUGGAUCGGUUACUUCAACUCGACGCUGAACCCUCUUAUCUACGCGUACUUCAACCGGGACUUCCGGGAAGCUUUCAAGAACACGCUGCAGUGCGCUUUCUGCAACCUGUGCCGGAGCCCGCCGUCAGACUUGGAGGCGCUGGACGCACGGAGGCCGUCGCUACGGUACGAUGACCGCACGCGCAGCGUGUACUCCGAAACGUACCUGAACCACUGCGACAGGCGCCGGUCCAGCCAAUUCGGCAGCAGCUUAUGAUCCACCGCGCCGCCAACACCCCGGCCCCGAAUUUAGAGCUUUUUUCCGCACAUCCCUCGGCGCCGCCGCCGCCGCCGCAACCUGCACCGACGCCCACGCCCCCCCCCCCCCGUAAUCGCUGAAAAAAAACCCGCCAUCCCCGAGGGAAACGAAAAAGAAGAGAUCAAAAAUCGGCCGCCACGAUUAUUAUUAGUUUUAUCGCACCCGCUUCGGCGCCAUCAUCGUAUGAUAAUACCUAGAACGUCGUUGUUGUUUUAUUGAUGAUGGUAUUAUAAUGGUAUUGAUACCUAUUAGACCUGACGAUAAUAACAGCGCGACAGUAAUAAUAAUAAUAGGUAAUAAUAAUAUUAUAAUAUGCCAUGUUAUUUUGUCUAUCGUCGACUUGGCAACUUUUCAGAAGAUACGAGGAAUUUGUUUUUUGUUUUUUAUAAUGCCUAAAAACAUAUUAAGUAUUUUACAUUUUUCUAUGUGACUAUCAGCAGUAUUCGUUCUUAAAAUUAAAUUCCUUGCAUAUUCCGAGACGUAAUAUUACGCCCAGUUCAGAGCGAUAAAUUAAUAAUCAUCGUCUAUAAUAUUAUAAUAUAUUAUAAUGCGACUCGAGUGAGAAGCGUUCAAAAUUUGCUCGUCAUCGGCACUCGUACGACGAUAAUAAUAAUAAUAAUAAUAAUAAUAAUAUAGAUGCAGACUUAUCAUGAUUCGAGUACGAUUAUACAUAGACGAUCCCCUCUUCCUCAUCAUAAUCGUCCUCCUCCGUUGCAACUACCUCACGACAGAGUGCUAUAAUAUAAUAAUAAUAAUCACUACAAUCCGAUCGUAAACUGUAGUUGAGGAGAAACGCUCGUCCGACGGUCGUCGUGAUAAUAUCAUUAUCACAGUGCCGUGUGCUCGUCGAACCUGCAGGUGGUUUGGCGUUGAUCUGUAAUUACUGAGCCCCAUCAUGGACCUCCGCGUUGGCUUGCCACAACCACUCAAACGAAUGAAGGAUAUCGUAUUAUUAUUAAAAUACAACAAUACAACUAAUAUAUUGUUCGAGAGACUUGUUCUGACGUGGACUAAAAUUAUAAUUAUCGUGAUCGUUUUCGUUUUCGGACUAGGCGUUUUGCAUUUUAUUACGAUUAUAAUAUUAACCAAUAUUAAUAUAGUCACCGACAAGCGUUUCAGCUGCCGGUUCGCUAUAAUAAUGCAAUAAUAUUAUGAAUAAUAUAUUGUGGACGCGCAUCACGGCAACGACUGCAAGUCACGUGUCGACCGUGCGCAUUUUAACUACCUAAUAAUAAUAUAAAGUACAACAUAAUCUCAUAUUCUGAUUUUAUAAGUUUUUCUACAUUUUAAUUGAAUUAGAAAAUAAUAAUAAUUUGAUUAAAAUAGAGUACUCGUCGAUGUCAAUACGACCUGCAGAGUUUAGUGUUAUAAAUUUAUAUUCGCUUUUAUCUCAAAGAUGAUAGUAUUAAUAUACAGCGAUAUAAUUUUCUAUACGACGAAAGCAACAGUAAUCGCCAGGGUGUACACUCACAUUAUAAACACCUGUAAUAUCAUGGGACGGAUACCUCGGGAUACAGAGUUUUAAACGAAAACAUUUAAUGACAGUUAUUCUUAACAAAAUAAAUUCCACAGUGUACCGUACAGCGAACCGUAGAAAAUUACGAAUAAUGUACUAGGAUAAUGUGUUUUUAAAAUGAAUUUUACCUUCCUCCUGGAAUUUUGUCAAUUCAAAAUAAAUAAUUUCUUAACAUUGAAUCCAUAUAAUAAUAUACUACCGAACCCGGUUAAGAACAAUAACCAACAAGACUGUAUAAUUUCUAUUUCGUCUUUGUUACCAAAUAGCCUUAGUGAUAAAAACAAUAUAAUUAUAUUGUUAUCAUUAUAUUAUAAUUUAACAGUAAGAUGUACAAUAUUAAAACAAAUUAGUAAUAAUGUAAAGAUCGCUAACUUUUUACCGCUUGUUUUAUUUUAUUUCGAGAUCGAUAACUAUUAUUAAAACAUAGAUUCGCCAAAACUGGUAUACUGUCGUUGACAUUAUAAUAUUACCUAUUUUGGAACAGUGGUUGCCAAUGAGUCAGUACUCAGUUGCAUGGUAAGAAUUGUACUGCAGUUUAAUUUUUCAAGUUUCGACGUUUUUUGAGUCUCUUCGAAUGAAAAAAUAAAUAAAAAAAUAAAUAAUAAUAAUAAUAAUAAUAACAAUAAUAAUAGUAAAUAAAUCCAGUUAAUGUAAUGAAACGUUUAUGAAUAAUUUAUAUGGAACAGACUCCGAAAAAUUGAUGAAAAUGUGAAAAUCUUCUUAGUUCAAAUAUAUUAACAUCUCGUAUCGGAUAACGUGUAAAUCCAGCAAUAUUCAUCUGAUAAGUUCUCCUAGAGUCAUGGUCAGACCGUAAUUAUUAUACCAAUCCAUUUUGUCAUAAUGACGAUUAUAAUAUUAUAAUUUAUCAAUACAAUCACUGUGGUCUGUGAUACACUUUCAUGGCACUUCAUGAUUAGCUGAUGAACUACACUUUAGAUGACUACGCCGAACUAUACACAGUGUACCUAUUGUAAUGUGUACAACAUACCAAUUAUUAUUGUUCUAACUGCAUACGUGUAUUAUACAAUACUAUGUUAACAAUUAACUCGACGAUUAGCAGUAUAUUGUUUCACUGUUGUCCACUGCACGCCAAGGCCUAGUUUAAUUAAUUUUAAUUUAGUAUCGUUUCCACGGUGUAUAAUAUUGUUUUGAGUGGUCAAUUUACAGUAUGUUUUGGUAAAUCAAUGUGCACAAAAAAUUAUAAUAAUAAUAAAAAAUUACAACAAACGAGUAUAGGUAGAAUGCGAGGUCUCGGCGGUGCAAUUUAAUAACAUAAUUAAUUGGUUAUUUGUUGUUGCUGAUUUUCUAUUAAAAUAUAUUUAUGUUAUUAUGCAGUAGUGGAAAUUAAAAUCAUCAAUUUCUUUCCAGCGUAUUGUAGGUUAGGCCGUUCGUCGUUCGACUGUUUGUCAAAUAUAUUAAAUAUUGUAAUUUGUUAUUGUUAUUAUUUUUUUUUUUUACUUUUGGAUUCGUUCUAUGAACUGUACCUGUUGUAAAUAAUUGAGUUUGUUUUUGAUAAUCAAUUUUUUUUUAAAUAAAUGAUAUAACAAUUAUGUAUAAAUAAAUAUUAUAAAUACCUACCUACAUAACAUUACAAGUAGCAAUAUUUCGGUGUUACAGCUUACUAAAUAUAAAGUAUAUAACAUUGAGGCGGCAAAAAUAAAUCACUUAGUGGACACAAAUUACGAAGAAAUCCUCACUGCAGGAGAUACCUACGUCAAUAAUAAUAUCGCGAUGACGAAGAGAAAAAAAAUGGACAGUAUGAAAUAUUUGGAGCUGAGCUCUUUUUUCUGAGUAAAAAUAUAGGUACUGUAUGACACUGAUUCGUUUGUAUUUGACCUGUCCUUUCUUCGAGACACUCGCUUGUAAAGCUAAAAUAAAAACCAAAAAAAAAAAAUAAUUUUACUUUUAUGUAAUAUUUUGUAACCA